AAAGAUGGCGAGAUUCGCAGGGACGAAACGUGCAUCGAUUUUGCGGGUAAAACUGUUGAAACUUACUCUUGUCAUGGCAUGAAGGGCAACCAAGAAUUUGAAUACAACUACAAGACGCAACAGCUUCAUCAUGUCGUAACCAACACGUGUAUGGAAAUGACGUCGGACGCCAUGCGGCUGAUCAUGGGUUCCUGCGACUCAUCGAAUAUCAACCAGAAGUGGGUAUUCUCAAAGUUUAACAAGGACAAGGCGCUGAAAGCCGGUUUCAAGGUCGACUAG